AAGGAACGGAGAUAAAAAAAGACAAGAGCUAACCAAAAAAGGAGUAAAGCAUCACGUGGACUUGGAUACAGUAAAUUGCGAAAUUCCCAGUGAGAGAAUUGCGAUAAAUUAGCAAGUCUGUGGAUGCAACUUGCGGUGGCGGAUAGCGAAGCUGAGUGAAGCAGGAGUAAGAUGGUCGUAGGUCUCAAGGGCUGUUAGUACUGGGGGAAUGUCUCGAGGAUUAAGGAAUACGGAGUAACGGAGUAACGGAGUCUAGGGAUAAAGGAGCGAAGGAGCGGAGGAGAGAGCGAGAGGGACGAUCAGGAUCUACGUCAGUUAAAUUACAGUGGGGAAUAAUCAAGGGAGUAAAGGUGAAGAGAGAGCGAGAGAGAGAGAGAGAGAGAGAGAGAGAGAGAGAGAGAGAGAGAGAGAGAGAGAGAGCUGGAAAAUAGAGGAUGCUGUCGAAGAGAGUGAAAUACGCUCUUGCGCAUCUGUCGCAUCACCAACACAUUGCGCGACUUGCACGUCCAAAUUUGCGGCGGGUUCAGAAAGGCGACAGAAAUAUUUUGACAUCUGCCUUUGUGGUUCCACGGGCUGCCCUAAAGUGUCGGCCCUCCAAGAGAAUAAAGAUCAUGUCUCAACCGAGGAACGUCAACAAGAAGUUUGAUCCCACGAAAGCAGCGACCGGAUAUCCCAGGAUUCACCCCAAGACCCUUAACGCUCAGACCAGCAAGAGGACUGUGGACUUGGCGUUACCAAAAAGAAGCAUAGUCGUAGCCACGAAGACAUUCGCUACUGGCAAUAAGACAAUGACUAUAAUCAUCAAAGACUUAUUGUCCCGAAUUCAUAAUUCACGGUAUCAGAAAUACAGGAUGCUGUGCAAUGCACUGGCGAGACAACGAGCGGCAAGAGAAGCGAAGCAGAGAAAAAAAUUGCAUAUGGCUCUCUCUAAACCGGAGGAUUGGACGAGACAUAAGGAGGUUUUGAAACGAUUGGCUGAACCGAAACCAAUACCCACUCCGAGAGUUCAUACUCGUGGAAAGUGGAGAAAGUUUGAUCCAACAAGAGUAGAGUUUCUCUCAAUGCCAGUAACAAAGGACUCGCCAGAGUCAAGGGAUCCUUUCAAGGUGCCACCAAGUGCGCUGACCUACGUGAUCACAAAAAGAAUCAAAGAAAUUGCUUUCAAAAAAAAUCCACCCGAGUACAUACCUCCUAAAAUACCUGGAGCCGUAUCGCCAGCAGCAGUCAAAGCAGUCGCUUCACCUAGGACGAUAAUCUUGGCGAAGCCAGCAGUGAGACCCGCUGGUGUGGAAACUGACCUUAAGGAAGAUGCCUUUAGUGUACCAAGGCAGGCGCUAAAAGCCAGAUGUCCGCCACGUAUAAGAAGGCUGGCCAGACCAAAGACCUAUGGAAAAUCUUGAUAAGAUUCUCAAAGUAGGAGACAUAUAGAAGUUUAUGCAUACGUAAUGCAAACGUCUGCUAUCUGUUUUACUGCUCUGUCCCGUCUGACUCACAAAAUAAAUAAAG